AUGAGGCCUGAGAACCGGAGCCGUGUGUCCGAAUUCCUCCUCCUGGGGAUCCCCAUGCAACCAGAACAUCGGGCCAUGUACUUCUCUGUGUUCCUGGGCAUGUACCUCACCACAGUGCUGGGGAACCUGCUCAUCAUCCUGCUCAUCAGGCUGGACUCUCACCUCCACACCCCCAUGUACUUCUUCCUCAGCCACUUGGCCUUCACUGAUGUUUCCUUUUCCUCUGUCACUGUCCCAAAGAUGCUGAUGAACAUGCAGACUCAAUGCCAAUCCAUCUCUUACAUGGGGUGCCUUUCACAGGUGUAUUUUUUAAUAUUUUUUGGCUGCCUUGAUAGCUUUCUUCUCACAGUUAUGGCAUAUGAUCGGUAUGUGGCCAUCUGUCACUGUCUCCACUAUACCACCAUCAUGAGGGGUGAGCUGUGUGUUUUUCUAGUAAUUGGGUCCUGGAUCCUUUCCUGUGCCAUUGCCCUCUCUCACACUCUCUUUUUAGUCCCUCUGUCCUUCUGUGAUAAUAGGACCAUUCCCCAUUUCCUAUGUGACCUUGCUGUCCUUCUUAGGCUGUCCUGCUCAGACACCUCCCUCAAUGAGCUGGCUAUCUUCACUAUAGGGGGAAUGGCUACAAUCCUGCCAUUGAAUGGCAUAUUGUUCUCAUAUGUCCGUAUUGGGAUCUCGAUUCUAAGGGCACCCUCUACCAAAGGGUUAUAUAAAGCCUUGUCCACGUGUGGCUCCCAUCUCUCUGUGAUUUUAAUAUUCUAUGGAACAAUUUUUGGACUGUAUUUUUUCCCAUCAUCUAGCAAUUCAAACAACAAUAUUAUUGCUUCCUUUGUGUACAUGGUAGUCACUCCCAUGCUGAACCCCUUUAUCUAUAGCCUCAAGAACAAGGACAUGAAAAGAGCUCUGGGAAGACUUAUCAAGAGUGUGAACUCUUCUUGUAAGUGA